AUGAGAGAAAAUGUCGGGAUUGAAAGGGUUAAUGAACUCAAUGAAUUUUUAAAUAAUGGUAUUUGGAUUAAUUUUACUGAUAAUAAAGAUUGGUUAAAUUCAUAUGAAUGGUGUGAUAUAGAAUAUAAAAAUAAUACAUUUUUAUGGAAUGAUUGUAUUAGUAUAACAAAAAACUAUUUAAAUAAUAAAAUGAAUCCAUCAUUUUGUUUAAGUCAUGUAAAAUGUAAUGAAAAAUUAUCAUAUAUUUGUCAGAAAUUAUCAACUACUGAAAAUAAUGUUAAUAAUAAUAAUAAUAGAUUUUUUGGUUUAAUUGGUGGUCUUAUUGGAAAUUUAUUCGGUUCAAAGCCACAACCACCUCCACCACCACCACCACCACCAGAACCAAUAAUUAUCUAUCAUACAAAUCCACCAAACAUAGAAGCAGGACAACCAUUGCCACGUACGUAUGAUUAUAUUAUUUUAUUCUGUGUAUUUUAUUAUUAUUAUUAUAUAGAAACUUCAAAAUCAAAUAAUACAAUACUCUACGUUGGUAUUGCUGUCGCUGUUGUUCUUAUUUUAAUAAUAAUACUCUGUUGUUGUUUUUGUGGUGGUUUUCUUCUUUUGAAAAAUGACAAUAGUUCAACAACAGCACCACGAUUUCAUCGACGACAUAAUAGAACUAGUGUUGCUUCGAAUGCUAUUUUAUCAUCAUAUAAUGAAUCAUGUUCUAAUAAUUUCUCUUGUACAUAUCCAUUGAUAUGUUCAAAUACAAAUAAAUGUGUAUGUCCGAAAUUAUUAUCAUUUUGGAAUGAUGAACAAAAUGAUUGUCUUUCUUGUCUGUCGGGUUGGAUUCAAUGGAAAACUAAUCGUUGUCUUUCAUUAGCUGUACCAUCUAAUAGUGGUCUAUCAUAUAAUCAAGCAAAUCGUAUUUGUCAUCAAUUUUCUGGACAAAUUUUUCAUAUAUACAAUAUAGAUGAAUUUAAACAAUUUGAAUUAAAAGUAAAUACAUUACUUAAUAGUACAUUUUCAAGUGCUGUAACAUUAUUUUUUCGUCUUGGUGCAUGGAUAAAUAAAUUAAAUAGAAAACAAUUAGAAAAUGUUUUAUGUGAUAAAAAUGAAAAUAAUUCUAAUUUUGAAUGUGUAUUAAUAAAAAGAAAUAGUUUAAAAAAUGGUACAUUAUGUUUAACUCGAUUAGAAUGUAAUGAAAAUAUGUUAUUUAUAUGUGAUAUGGCAGCUAUGUCAGUAAAUUAUACAAUUAAUAAUGAAACUUCUACAUUUUCAAAUCGAGCAAUAGGAGCAAUUAUUGGAGGUGUUGCACCACUUGCUAUUGAUUUACUUGGUAAUUUACUUACUGGAAAUAAGCCACAACCAAUUUAUCCUCCAGCUCCUCAACAAAUUAUUAUUCAACAAGGACAUUCACCAUCACCACAAAUUGCUUUUCAAGGUAGAUUUUAA